AUUAUAGCCUUACCACAAGAUGGCAGAUAGUUGGAUGUUAAUGUCGCGAACUAUCUUAUCAUCAAAAUUUGUUGACAACGUUCCUAAAUCGCAGCAACUUGUAGCGAUCACGCAUCAUGAUUUAUUGGAUCUAAACAAUGUUCAAUGUUAAAAUGGAAUUAGAAAUGUUGUUGCAAAAAUGUGCCUUGACAAAUAAAUUUGAACAAAAGGAACAAGAAGAAAGCGAAAAAAUAGAGGAUGAUUAUUUUCAAGAAAUAUAUGAUCAAUGGAAAGGCACAAAAGCAAAAGAUAAAGAUUUAACUUAUAAAGUGAUACCUAAAUUUUAUUUCAAGUUACCUAAAGAAGAUGAGAUACUACCACAAAAAUUAAGAGAAGAAACACGUGCAUUAUUUCUACAAAGACGUUCACGUCAGUUAUUAGAUAAUAAUGAAUUAAAAGCACUAUGGGUAUUGUUAGACAAAUAUCAUAGUCCACCUUUGUCAGGAGAAGAACAGUUGAUUAAUUAUGAAGAUUUUAAAAAAGUGGGCCAAUUGGCUGGUACCAAAUGUAGUCCAUAUUUUACUGCAGUUGUCUUUGCAAAACUUCAACAAGGUGAUCAACAUGGAAGAAUAAGUAUAAUGGCAUUAUUUAAUUAUGUCAUGAGGAAAGUUUGGUUACAUCAAACGCGAAUUGGACUUUCUUUGUAUGAUGUCACUGGACAAGGAUACCUUAGGGAAUCUGACCUGGAAAAUUAUAUUUUAGAACUGAUACCAACACUGCCGCAACUUGAAGGUCUUGAAAAAUCAUUUCAUUCUUUUUAUGUAUGUACAGCUGUUAGAAAAUUUUUAUUCUUUUUGGAUCCUCUUAGAACUGGAAGAGUUCGUAUACAAGAUAUUCUGGCAUGCAGUUUUCUCGACGAUCUAUUAGAAUUACGAGAUGAGGAUUUACCUAAAGAUUUGCAAGAAGCAAAUUGGUUUUCAGCACCAUCUGCUCUUAAAGUUUAUGGCCAGUAUCUUAACCUUGAUAGAGACCAUAAUGGAAUGCUUAAUAAGGAAGAGCUUGCAGGGUAUGGAACAGGCACUUUGACCGGUGUAUUUUUAGAAAGAGUGUUUCAAGAAUGCUUAACUUAUGAAGGGGAAAUGGAUUACAAAACUUAUUUGGACUUUGUCUUGGCUUUGGAAAAUCGACACGAACCUCAAAGCUUACAUUAUCUUUUUCGUAUAUUAGAUAUUAAUAAUCGUGGUUAUCUUGAUACAUUUUGUCUUAAUUAUUUCUUUCGAGCAAUACAAGAGCAAAUGACAAUGCAUGGUCAAGAACCAGUAAGUUUUGAAGAUGUAAAAGAUGAAAUAUUUGAUAUGGUUAAGCCAGCUAACCCAUGUAAAAUUACAUUACAGGAUUUAUUAUCUUGUGGACAAGGUGAUACAAUGGUGAGUAUUUUAAUAGAAUUUCAUGGUUUCUGGGCUUAUGAAAAUCGUGAAGCUAUGGCUGCUGAUACAGGAGAUGAAUCAUCUCAUGUAUGAUAAAUUAAAAGCAUGAAAAUAACAUCCAUAUAUACCUAAAGUUCCUUAAUGGCUUUGCUUUUGUAAAAGUAAUGAUAUGAUAUCAAUGAUAUUAUAUCAGGGAUGAAUCAUACUGAAACUAUGCAGGCUAUAUCCUAAAACUCCUAAAAUUUGAAGGAGCAUACUUAAAGUCUGCACUUUUUUAUAAAAAAUGAACAAUAUAUAAAAUGAAAAUAUUCGAAUAUGUUAUUUCAAUGUUAUUCUAGGAAGCGUAAGACUAUACUGUAUAAAAUGAUAUGUAAAUAAAAUUAUUUUUAUAAAAAUCA